AAAGUGAUAUUCUUGCGCAAAAACGGCGUUUCGGUGUAGACCAGCAUGAAGCCGUGCUGCGACAAGAGUAAGACGAUGGCGGACAGUGCAGUGAAUGUGCAGAAAGCGGAUGAUAAAUAUUGUACGCAUCAGCAGCAGCAUCAGCGAACAAGUGCAGCGGUGCCCACUAGCAGUGGUGACGGGGGAUCAAGCAAUAAUAAUAACACGAACAACAAUAGCAGCAACAGGAGCGGCAGCGACUGCCUGGCGCAUUCUGCAAAAGCACAUCCGACCGUUUCGUCCACAGCGGUGGGCAGUGUGAAAUCGGGCGCGGAUUCUACCACCAACGCUACGGUGAAUUUUACCACCACAACAGCAUCAGUAGCACCGUCAUCAACAAGCGCAGUGGCAGUUGUUGCUGUUGCUGCUGCUACCGCUACCGCUACGGCGGGAACGGGGAAGAUGGUUGUUGAAAAUGAGCAGGCUCCCAAAAAUCACGUAGACCAAACGACAGUGAAAAUGAGUGCUAAAAAUAAUGAAAAAAGUUCAACGCCGGUUAAGGACACCCAGCAGGGCAGUGUACGGAGUUCCGAUAAUGGUUUAACUAAAAGUCACAAAAAGAAAAAGAGUAAAGAUAGAGAUCGUGAACGAGAUCGAGAUCGAGAUCGUGACAAGGAAUCAGACAGAGAUCGAGACCGUACUAGAGAUCGCGACAAGGAACGGGAUCGUGAUAAAGAUCGCAAACGACGCCGUUCGGAGGAUGACACUUCCAGCAUGGGAAAUGUUAAGCGUGGCAUCAAGGAUGAUAGCUGUACCAGCAAUACCAUAACAAGCUCGCGCUCGGAAUCAGCUGUGAGCACCACCGAUCCUUCGUCGGAGCCAACAGUUUCUUCCUCUACUUUUGCCGGGACCGCGUUGAUUCAGAACAAAGAAAACCACCAUCAACAGCAGCUGGCUGGUUUUGCUGCCGCACAUCAAACGAUCAAGCGAGAACUGUCGAUCGAGACGACUUCCGGGAUCGCUGUGCCGAAUGCGGCAUCCGCAACUGCUGCACUGCUGCUGGAGCACAAUGCUGCGGCCAUCGUGUCACCUGUUGCGGCAGCAGCCGCCGCUGCAGCCGCUUCCAUUUCAGGCACUCCGAUAUCGCCCGUCAAUUUGCUGCUCAACUUGGAGCGCAGCAAAAACGAACUUGCGAGCGUGAAAAAGCAGGACGUUUUCAUUAAAAAAGUGUACCUGCCCGCGAAGAACAAGCUAACGAAGCCGGAAAAAACACGCGACGAUGUUACGAGAGCGUUAAACUUUGGCAGCGAAGGUGCGGCAGAUGCGGUGGACAACGUACCGGUGGCAAGCGGCGUGACGGUACCGACAGAAGCGACCACAUCGAUACCGACGGUCAAUGGCAACGGUGGUAGCAUCGGUUCGCCUGGCCAUGCCGUUAGUAAUAACACGAGUAGCCUCAUAUGCGUUGCAAACAGCAUUGCAACCAACCUCAGCAACAACAGUACAACUGCAUCCAGCAACUUAAUAGCAACUAGCAAUAAGUCAAAUUCAAACAUAUUAAUCAAGCUUGAGUCACCGAAAAACGUGGAAGAAAAGGUAGAGAUUAAGAAAGAACCGAUGAAUCAUCACAUCCACCAGACGGAAACUGUUUCUCCAUUGACGGAUAGCACACCAGUCAAUGGAGGAACGGUGAAGGACCAGAAAGACAAACUUGUAAACGGUAUAGCUGACAGUGUGAUUCAGAAGGAAAGUUCUGUCCUUAUAAAGAAAGAGGAACCACCCCCAGCCGGUGUAAAUCCAACGUCGGAAACACCCGUAAAAAGCGUCCAUUCAAUAUCGGACAGCACUAAGCCAGACGGCCCGGGCAGUGUGCAUAAGCUUGGCAACAGUUCUUCUUCGGCGCACAAAAGUGCCAGCGGUGGCCGGGAAUGCUCACGUUGCUACAAACGAUCGAAAAUCAAGCGCGCCAACAUAGGCAUCCAGUGUCGACGAGGCGCAACGUCCGGGACAGCAGCACAAUCGCUAGACGGAGGCUUUGGCAACGAAUCGACGGCAAGGAUCGGGUCAAUUAAUCGCAAUGCAAAUAGUCACCUUCGUUCGAAGCAUCUUGACGGUUUGAAGUAUGGUCGGUUCAUGCGUAUCGAGGUGCAUCCCAACGGUGGCGCCUCGGUGGUGCACAUGUACCAGGAUGAAAUAAGCGUUCUUUCCGAGACGGAGAUGGAAGAAUUGGUGCAAGAAUUUUUCCAGGUCGUGUUUGCCGAAGAUGACGACGGCUACGCCGAUCAUGUGAUGGGCAUUGUGCAUGAUGCGGCCGCCUAUUUGCCCGAUCUGCUGGAACAUAUGGCAGAUAAUUACGCUAACCUUACGGUUAAGUCGGGUGUGCUGGGGCGCAAUUCUGACAUUGAAACAUGCACAAUGAGUCAGUACAACGAACAGGUGGUUAAAAAUUACUCCCAUGGUACCGUUCGUUAUGGACCAUUGCAUCAAAUCAGUUUGGUAGGGAAGGUACACGAGGAAGUCGGUGGAUAUUUUCCCGAUCUUCUUAAACGUCUGGAAGAUAAUCCAUUCCUGAGCAAGGCAAUGCCAUGGGGAGAUUUAUCUAUUGUGCAGAUGGAUCCACGUUUGUCGAACGAUGGACCAAUCUUAUGGAUACGGCCAGGCGAGCAGCUUGUCCCUACGGCUGAAAUUAAUAAAACUCCGUUAAAGAGACAGAGGACACGUAUAAACGAGCUGCGCAACCUGCAAUACCUGCCGCGGCUUUCGGAAGCUCGUGAAACAAUGAUCGAAGAUCGCACCAAAGCCCAUGCUGAUCAUGUCGGGCAUGGUCACGAUCGUAUGACAACUGCUGCUGUUGGUGUAUUGAAAGCGGUCCGAUGUGGCAUACCAGACGACUUAAAUCGCAUAACAAAGGAUGUUGUUGCUUUCGAUGCGCACUGUUUCCCUCAUCUCGUGGAAAAGCUGCAACUCGAUCUGCACGAACCACCAAUAUCACAGUGCGUCCAGUGGGUCGAAGAUGCCAAACUGAAUCAGCUGCGCCGGGAAGGUAUCCGCUAUUCUCGGAUUUCGCUGUACGAUAACGAUAUCUACUUUUUACCCCGCAACAUUAUACAUCAGUUCCGCACGGUAACGGCGGUAACGAGUAUCGCGUGGCAUUUGCGUCUGAAACAGUACUACCCGGACCAGGACGUGGUGCAAGAGAUUGCCAACGGAUAUGAGGUGGAUCCGCCACACUACAAAGAGAAGCAAACUAUUCUACCUCAUCCUGUGUCGGUGGAUGAGAAAAAGCAUACCCCCGUGAAGCGUACGCACGAUGGGAAACCAAAGAAGGUGGAACUUAAAAAGGAACCCCAGCCCACAAUCCCUCAUCCAUUGCCGGCCGGUGCAACGGUACAAAGCAGUACGGAAAAGCCAUCCAAAGCGGAAGACGCGGCUGAUAGUUGUGCGUUGAAGGAGGCGAAGAUCGACAUGAGGAAGCUGAUACGCGACGAUAAGGUUGCGUCAAGUGAUUCGCUUCGAACACCAAGCAAAUCGGGAAGUAGUUCGUUAACUUCCGGCAAGGGUUCUGAGAAGAAAAUGAGCAACAGUAAGAGCAGUGCUAACAACAGUCGUACGAGUUCUCCAUUGCCCUCGCACAAGAACAAAAUUGAUGAUGGCAAAGGCGGCAAACAUUCUUCGAGCAGCGAUCGCAAUCGAGACAGAGACCGUGAACGUGAUCGCGAUCGUGAUCGGGACAAGCGAGACCGCGAGAAGAAGGAACAGCGAAGCAGAGACAAGGAACGCGAUCGUGAUCGUGAUCGUGAUAGAACCCGUGAUCGGGAUCGCGACAGAGAGCAAGAUCGGGAGAAGGAUCGCAGACAUCACAAACACCAUUGCAGUUCGUCCUCAUCGUCCAGCCGCAAGUCAUCGACAUCGUCAUCUUCGCACAAGUCUCGCCACGGAAAGCCAGGAACGGGCGAUGGUAACAAUCAUGGCAGUAAAUCUUCGUCUCAUUCGACACCAUCAUCGCACAGCAGUAGUGCAAGUAGUAGUCGGCGUGAGUCCACCUCCAGCACAACUCGUGAGAAGGAGCAAUUGGUAGGUCCACUAUCAAUGGUGCCACCAUUAUCGACGGAAGUAGAGAUCGAGGCGACUGUAAACUCUCUGAGUGUAACGAGCGAUUUAUGUCCUGUUGAUGCGCUUCACAAACUUGUCACCGCCAAUGAGCUGCAUGCGAAUGGGGCUUCGGAAGAGGGUCGAACGAAUUGUGAACAAGUACAGAUCGUGAAGGAUGAUGGCUCAAUGAAGGUGGAAGAUCAUCUUGCGCGACGAAAUGAUAGUUGCCCAAACAACACUGAGACUGUGAUAGCUUCAAGCGAGGCAAAGAAAACAAUGGUAUCGCCAAAGGAGCCCAACACGGUCCCACAGUCCGACGAUGGUAACGUUACACCAAAGGCCGAGAAACGAAAGCUAGAAUUGGAAACGCAAACGAAUGGUGACUACAACAUCGCAGAUACUCAGCGCACAGCCUCGGUGGUACAGCGGAUAGCAGCGCCCGAGAAUACUACGGCGGCUCCGAUGCCUCCGAUGCACCCGCAAGUGCAACCGCCAUUGCCCAUCACAUCGCCCCCCUUAGUCCCGCCGCCACCGCCCCCACAAGACCACCGUGAAGUGCAUACGCCAACGACAACACGGGAACAAAGUUCUCCCUCCUCUGCAGUUGAUGUGAGGAAAAGUAUUCAACCGACCGAUGCUAGCCAUCCGAGCAGUAGCAGCAGUAGUAGCCAUAGUUCUUCUAGCACUAGAUGUAAUAGUAGUAGUAGUAGCAGUAGCAAUAGAGAAGCCACUAGUGAUAGCACCAAAAGCGGCAAUACCUGUAUCACUGAUCGAAAUAUCGACGCCACUGUGCACGGCAAAAAACAAUCCAAUGAUUUAUUGAGCACGAUCAUGGCUAGCAUGGAAGGGUCGACGAACCGAAGUGCAACCAACUUUUAA